GUGCGUGCUGCUUGAUUUUCACCCUUGAUUUUAACUUCUCGCUCAUGUUUCUGACCUAGAGUGAUCGAGGCUCGGGCUCUGGCAGGACUGUGAACAUUUGGCCAGCUUGGUUUGGCCGCCUGGCAGAGAGUGUGUUCUGAGAAGCAAUGGUGAUGAGGGCCUUUGUCCUGUUGGCUGUCUUUGCAGAAGCCUCUGCAAGAUCUUGCACUCCGAAUAAAGCAGAUGUCAUUCUCGUGUUUUGUUAUCCCAAAACCAUCAUCACCAAAAUCCCCGAGUGUCCUUACGGCUGGGAAGUGCAUCAGCUGGCGCUUGGCGGGCUGUGUUACAAUGGGGUCCAUGAAGGAGGUUACUAUCAAUUUGUGAUCCCAGAUUUGUCACCUAAAAACAAGUCCUACUGUGGGACCCAGUCCGAGUACAAGCCCCCCAUCUAUCACUUCUACAGCCACAUCGUUUCCAAUGACAGCACAGUGAUCGUAAAGAACCAGCCCGUGAACUACUCCUUCUCCUGCACCUACCACUCCACCUACUUGGUGAACCAGGCUGCCUUUGACCAGAGAGUGGCCACUGUUCACGUGAAGAACGGGAGCAUGGGCACAUUUGAAAGCCAAUUGUCUCUCAACUUCUACACUAAUGCCAAGUUCUCCACUAAGAAGGAAGCCCCUUUUGUCCUGGAGACAUCUGAAAUCGGUUCAGAUCUGUUUGCGGGAGUAGAAGCCAAGGGGUUGAGCAUUAGGUUUAAAGUGGUUUUGAAUAGCUGCUGGGCCACACCAUCGGCUGAUUUCAUGUAUCCUUUGCAAUGGCAGCUGAUCAAUAAGGGCUGCCCCACAGAUGAAACAGUCCUUGUACAUGAGAAUGGGAAAGAUCACAGAGCCACCUUCCAAUUCAAUGCUUUCCGGUUCCAGAACAUCCCCAAACUCUCCAAGGUUUGGUUACACUGUGAGACAUUCAUCUGUGACAGUGAGAAGCUCUCCUGCCCAGUGACUUGUGACAAACGGAAGCGACUCCUUCGGGACCAGACAGGGGGCGUCCUCGUAGUGGAGCUCUCCCUCCGUAGCAGGGGAUUCCCCAGUCUCUAUAGCUUCUCAGACGUCCUCUAUCACCUCAUCGUGAUGCUGGGGAUUUGUGCCGUGUUGUAGGGGAUCGCCAGGCAGGCAGUGGCAUCUCCUCCACCCAACAUCAUCUCCUGUGUCGAUGACAAACUCCCAUUUAUUGUGCUGCCAACAAGAACAAACAGAAGAACAUACCGUUGAGGAGCGGAGAAUAGCGCUUUGCCAAUUACGUGUUCCAAUGAUUUUUGCGCCUUUCAGUGAUUGUCUUUGGUGCCCUACUUCCUCUUGUGACUUCCUGUGGCUCUGAGAUCCUACAGUCUCUCUCCGGCAGCUGGCCGAGAAGUCUCCUUUCCCCAGGCUCAAGUCAGGGCUGCAGUGGACUCCUUUGAAAGCCAUUCUAAUUUUAAAACACUAGCACACCCAACCAAGUGCAGCUGAACAUUUUGACGAGAAUGUAGGGCAUAACCACCAAGUCAGUACUAAGUACAGAAUGCACAGGAAUAGCCAAUUUUGCCAAGAGGGGGCCUUUGUCCCUGAGGUUGUGCAAUGCUUAUUUAAGAACCAGGGCUGAGCCACCAGGCAGGGGGUUCCAAUCUUUCAAAUGAUGAUAUGUGGGAAUCAGAGUGGAAUAUAAUACUUUUGCUUAAACCUGAGUAUUAUGAAAGAAAAUAAUUCCUGAGAGGCCCCCAGUGCUAACCUAAUUUGUUUUUAUUAUAGUGUUUCUUCAAUAUGUAUAAACAUUAUAGAGGUAUUAACUGACUCAUUUUUAUAUUUGAUUUCUAAAAUCAAAAGAAAAUUACAGAUGAAAAAGGAAUAAAGCUACAAAAAGAAUAAAACUCACAUCAACAUAAAUUUAACCUCCUACUGUGGCACUGCCUAAAUGAAACCUGCUGCUGGCAACAUGACUCUGGAGUGACAUCGGUGACAAGGUCUCUGGAGUUCCCAAUCCUACCGUAUACCUUGUGAUGCUCGAUGCUCUCACUAUUUGUUUUCUACUUGAUUUAAGAAAUCAUCAGUACCAAAUGGACUGACUUCAUUUAGCCUUUACUCUAACAGUGAAGCAGUUAUCUGUCUUUGUCUCAUUAACUUCUGAUCAUUAGAAUGGAACCCCCCCCCCCCACACACACACA